GUUUCGAGGAAGAGGGCGUAAACUGCACCAGCGCCGCCCUCUCCCCUUGUGGUCUGCUGAUGGCAGUGGGUCCCACAACUUCCUCAUUUUCCUAAAUGGGCAGCUUCAGUUUUAGAAGCCUAGGUCGUCCCGGGCUGACCCAAGUGGCGGAUCCAGCAUAGGCCUAGGCCCUAGCCUGGGAUUCCUGCCCCCGCUGGGUGGUCCUCACUGCUUGGAGCCAUGGCUCCCAUCUUCCUGCUGCUGCUGCUGUGGCUCCAGGGCCCCAUCUCAGGUGACCCUGUUGGGAGUGUGUACUCCAAAGUGCAGCACUUUGAAGGGGAGACUCUGUCCGUGCAGUGCUCCUACAAGAACCGCAAAAACCACGUAGAGGGCAAGGUUUGGUGCAAAAUCAGGAGGAGGAAGUGUGAGACUGGGUUCACCCGUGUCUGGGUGCAGGGGCCACGCUACUUGCUGCAGGACGAUACCCAGGCCAAGGUGGUCAACAUCACCAUGGCGGCCCUGAGGCGCCAGGACUCAGGCCGGUACUGGUGCAUGCGCAACAGCUCCGGCAUCCUCUACCCUCUGAUGGGCUUCCUGCUGGAAGUGUCUCCAGCAUCCACAACCAAGAGAGACACUCCUCUUCCGGAGGUGGCCAGCAUCCUGAAGAGUGGGAUUGUCGUUACAACAGGCCCUGCCCCUGCUGUGGGCCCUGCGGCCCCUUUCACCACCAGUCCGACGCUCUUCGCACCUGGGCUCCUCACCUUGGCCAGACCCUUGCCCUCUCCGGCCCCAGGGACCAUCAGACUGACCUCCGUGGCAGGUUACAGCUUCACUGACGCCAGCCCCUCCACUGAAGGGUCCAGGAGGACCAUGGGGCCCCAGACAGUGACUGCAUUUCCCAGCAAUGCCAGAGCCUCCUCUGCUGGCCCAGCUUCCACCCCGACCAAGGCUGGUCACCUGUGCACCAGAUCGCCUACCACCAGCAGAUCUCUCCUCAACCAAUUAUCCCCUAGCAGGCACCAGGAUUCUUAUCUCAUUGUGUUUGUUGGGGUGCUGGCCUUGCUCCCAGUGCCUGUGAUGCUGAUCGUGGUCUAUGGGCUCUGGAAGAAGAGACACAUGGGAAGCUACAGCAUGUGCCAUGAUCCUGCCAGACCCUGGAGGGACCCAUCUACAAGUCUGGAGCCUCCGUGGAAGGCUGCUUGGUCUGAAGACACUUAACUGGGGUCAGGGGGAGUUUCUCCCAGAGGGGUUCUGGGAGGCCAGCGGAGGAAUGAAGAUGGGGAUCUGUCUGGAUUGGAGCCAGGAUGGGGUGAGGACUGUGCAACACUGGACUCAGGCCUUCACAGAACCGGAGACUGCACUGCACCUGCUCAGUUCCCCUGGGCUGCUAGGAACCUGGCCGGAGGGUGCAGGGAGAGAGGGAGGCUGAGCAGAGAGUACCAGGCAGGAAGUCCCAGGGAAGGCACCGAGGGAAUUCUGCUCAGAGCCACAGACCCCUGGGCCCCAGCUGGAUGGCAGAGAAGCCCUGAUGGUGCUGUUUGCAGACAGAGAACCUCAGAUCCCGUUGGCCUUGGAACACUUUACUAGCAAGCUGACAAGGGGAGGGCUGCCCUUUUCCUGCCCAGGCCCUGCCCUCAGUUUCUCUCUGCUCUCCUCAAGCUUCCCCAUGCCCUCGGGGGAAGAAAAACUCCUAGAAGCAGCCCAUGUUCCAAGCGCCCCAUCCUGGAGGAGAGGAAGGGACGGUGACUAAGAGCUGGGGGUCCACAGAGGCGUUGGGGACCCCAGAGCUGUCCAAGCCCCCCACCCCUGGGCCAUGUGUUCUCUACAGGGCCUCUGGAUGUGCCUGCCUGACAGCACUGCUUGUCCCUCGUCUUGGGAGCCAGCAGACCCCAUAUUCCCACUGCUGCUGCCUGCUGGCGCCCCCUCCAGGGAAAGCGGAGACCUGCCAGCUGAGCCCUCCAGCUGCAGGACCAGCCUGUCCCCAGACUGGCAUGCAGAGGCUGACCAGGGCUAUCUCCCCCAGUUCCCAAACCGGGGAUCUGGUUCUGGGCUCCUGGAGUGGAUGGAGGGCCCUCCAGAGACCACUGGAAGGGAGACCAUGGCUUAGAAAAGGGGAGAUCACCUCCCCGUGGGGACUCAUUGUCCCCUGGGAAGAGAGGACCCCCCUGUGAUACAGCAAAGACAACUCAGAGCUGAGCACAGCCUGGAAGACUGCUAGGGCAGGGAGGACGGAGUCAAGGAGCCUGGGCGAGGAGGCCAAUGGCCAGAGGAUCUGCCCUUCCUCACAGCUCCCGGCUCAGACUCUGCCUCUUCUGCAGUGAAGGCUGAAGAAAAUGGACUGAUUUCUUCCCUGGAAAGAGGGGUCUACCAGCCUGGAACCACUGGAAUGAGAGCCUGGGGGUAGCCGUGGCCUCUCAACUCUUAGCUCUGAGUCAGAGCCCUACCAGAUGGGAGAGCAAACAUCAUAGUCAGGAGAGUGACACAGUCAGGGCCUUGAUAGGCAGCGAGGCGGCCGGGGCCACUCCAGGGUGGAACUAGGGAGAGAGGAAGGGGCAGGGGGCAAUCCUGGGGUGCAGCAGGGAGGCAGCACUUUUUCCCUAUAUCCAGGAGGGGGCACUAGAGGGCAGACUGAGGAACUGACAGGCCUGGUGCCAGGACACACAUACACACAAACGCACACACACACAAGAUGAUAACCAUCCUCCCUAUCAGGAGGGUGUGGCCAUCACCCGAUGUGUAAACAGGAGGUGGUUUAUUCUCCACUCAAACCACACGCUGCCCCAGGUGACAUCAGGAUGUCGGUGGGAGAGCACUGCAGAGGCUCAGGACUGGGACCCAGUGAUGCCACCUGUCCCUGUGGGAACCUGUGCAAGUCACUAACCCUAUCAGGCCCCAUUUUUCGUCUCUUGUGAAAGGGGACCCUAAUUCCUACUCAGGACUGUUUUCAAGAUAAAAUGAAGUAACACAAACCUUACACAAACGAGUAAAUGCCUCGUGAUGCCUGGCCCUCGUGUUCUUUUUCCAGGUCUAAUGCUUGUCACAGUCUAUUUUUAAGACUGUCAGACCCUAUUUCUCUAUUUUGUCCUCGUUUGAAAGGGGCCAGGGAGGGUGGAGGGGAACAUGAUUAGGCCCCAGGUGGUGGGUGCUGGACUCGGAGGCCUUUGUCCUCUGAUGUUACAAACGGUAGCUGUUAGGGACACCGACUAUCCCUGUUUGCCCAGGAUGAUGGGGCUCCUGGGACCAGGCAGACCUCUCACCCAUGGAGGCUGUCCCCACGUGAACCUGUGGUAAGGAAGGACACAGAGCCCUAAGAAGGAGGUGCAGACCCCAUGCCCCAGCUCCCCAGCUCUUAUGGGCUUGGGCGGCCUGUUUGGACCUCCGGGCCCCCAGGACAUUUUCCCCACACCACAGCUUCUCAAUUCCUCCUUCCUGCUCUUACCCUUAUCCCCAGCAGAUCCACGGCAAGCAGGUGCAGAGCAGGGGUGGAUAUCAGACAGGCCAGGGCUGUUGCUGCCUUUGGUGGAUGAGAUGAGGAGGCUUUCUGAACAAUGGGCUGCUUCCUGUCGUGGCCGUGGGAAUGAGCAAAAAAGAAACCCCAGCCCUCACAGGACAUUUGCUCUGUGAACCUGGCCACAGAUCUAACCGCACAGGACACACGUGCUCUCACUGUGAGGCCAGUAGGCCAGCCUGAGGUUCAUGGUCCCAAAUGGCUGCAAAUGUGCUUCUCAUUCUGCAUCAUACUGGGUGGGCGGACACUGCGCUGUGCUGCUCAGCUCCUACUUCAGGCUGAUAGGCUUCUUGCCCAGGUGCUGGGAGUAGUGAGGGCAGAAGGCGGCCUCGCCCCAGGCAUUCCCCUCCCAGGGCAGCCACCCGCCUUUCCCACUGAUUGGUGCAGGAGUUUGAAGCCCUGGCACUCCCUGCCUCCGCGGCGAGUCCUGAAGGGUCUCCUGCCCAUCCUGCUUCCUUCUCUUCCCCAGCCUGGUCCCAAGCACUUUAAACCUCCCGUACCAACCACCACCUCAGAGUCUGCUCCUUACAAGCCUAAUGUGCCCCACUGCAGGUUUACAGGGUCAUCUCUGAGGUGGGAAGCCCCAUGAAAAGACCAGCAGGACCCCCAGGCAAGGCCAUUACUCUCCUGCCAGCACCAGCCAGUUCCCUGGUCCAGCGGCAUUACUUCGCUUUUUAAACUCUGAAAGGGCUUACUUCUAGGAAAGUGGAACUUACCCCUAAGAUUCUAUUGGUUCCCUGAGCUAACUCCUGAUUGGUCCAUUUCAAUCGCUCCUGAUUGGUCCAUUUCUGCAAAGCUUGUUCCUAAUUAUUCACAUUUGCUAUACCUUAUUUGCAGAUGAUGUCACAAAAUGUUGUGAAGUCUAGACUGUAGCCUAUAAAAGGCUGUGUAACCCUACAGAUGGGGUCCAGAGCUUGGAAUGUUAACUCCUCUGGGCCCACUGGUGUAAUAAGCCUAAAUUCUCCAGCCCUCCGAGUGCUGCUUGGUCUCUCGCCUGAAUCUAGGUUGCUGUCACAACUGAGCUGUAACACACUUUGCUGCAACAUUUCCUUUAUCUAUUAACCAUAAACAAUUGUUGUUC